UCUCAGCAAAGAGACGUUGCAAACUUUUUGUAACUAUAAAAUUACAUCCUGCGUUUAAAAUUUAAUCAAUGCUAGCUCUCCUAUUGAAUGCUACACAAAACCCAGUAGGCCAGAGUAGUAUAAACGUUGCCCACCAUUGUUAGGAAAGAGAAAAACAAGCACAUUGAGAUUUUGGAGAAUCCUUCUUACAUCCUAUCAUUGUUGAAGAUUCACCUGCCAGUGGCAAAACAUUCAGAAGUGGACCUGUAAUUAUAAAUGUUAAAACGUGUUUCAAGUCGGUAGAUAGCAAGAAUGGGUGGUGAAAAGCACGGAUCAAAGAGUGGGCGUUAUGUUGGUGGCUUCUUACAGCUGUUUGACUGGAAUGCAAAGUCUAGGAAGAAGCUAUUUUCGAGCAAAUCUGACUUUUCAGAAGAAUCAAAGCAAGGGAGGAGAUGCGAGGAGAGUUUUGCUAGGACAAGAACACUUGUGGACGAAGAUGAUGAAUUCGGAGCAUUUGGUGCAGCAUUGAAUGUGAGAGGAGGUAGUGAUUAUAGUUGUGCAUCAUCUGUCACUGAUGAAGAUGGAUAUGGAACAAAGGCUCCCGGGGUUGUGGCCAGGCUCAUGGGAUUGGAUUCAUUACCGACAUCAAAUGCAAUGGAGCCAUACUCUACCCCCUUUUUUGAUUCCGUCUCUCUCGGAGAGGCUCCAUUUAGAGAACUAAAUCUUGAUUUAUAUCACGAUCCUCAAAUCAUGCACCCAAGCAACCUAUAUUACAGAAUGGAGGCUACCAUUAGGAAUAGUGAUAUGGAAAGUAGAUCUCUAAAAUUGCCUGGUCGAGGAAUUCAGAAGUUUCAAACAGAAAUUUUGCCUCCAAAAUCAGCUAAAACCAUCCCUAUUACCCAUCACAAGCUUUUAUCGCCAAUUAAGAGCCCGACUUUUGUCCCAUCUCAAGAUGCAGCUCAUAUUAUGGAAGCUGCUGCAAAAAUAAUUGAGCCUGGCCCAUCAGCACCUCCACGAGCUAAAAUAUCAUCUGCUGGACCCUCCGUCCCGUUUAAAGUUCGAGAAAUAAGAGAGAAACUGGAAGCCGCGCAGAGACCUAACAAGACUUACGAACCAUCAGAAAGGCCUGUUGAUUCUAAUGCUGCCAAGUAUCUAAAAGGGCAGCCGAUGAACAAGAGUUUGAAUGGAUCAGUUGAGACAGCAUCAUCGUUUAGGACAUCUCCAAGAAGGGAGUAUAGUUCUGCUGUAGUAGAUAAAGGAAAAUCAAUAUCACUUGCCAUCCAAGCUAAGGUCAAUGUCCAGAAAAGGGGAGGUUUGACUUCAAGUAGUAGAUGUACAGGAGAGUCGGAAGCACAGGAUGAUAAUAAGUCGAAAGCAAAUGGUUUGAAGUUCUCAAACAGGAAAUCUCCGAACCAAAGCACAAGUUCUGUGUUAAGGCAAAAUAACCAAAAACAGAACUGCCCUCCACUUAAGGAGAGAACAGCUCCUAAGGCUUCAGCAAUUACUACAGCAACAGGUAAAAAGGCUGUUUCCGAGAACACUUUUCAUGAUCGAAAAAAAGUUUCAACUAGAGAAAAUGGGAAUUCGAGAACAAGUUCAAGGAGAUCUAGCUUGCUAGCGAGGGAUAAUGAUAAUGGGGCUCCUUAUGCCGGAGGGAGACACAAUCCUAGAAAGAAAAGAUCAAUUGGUGGAAAUCUGAACUCCAACAAGAAUCAGGUCACUGAAAACAUGAUGAUAGCUAGCAAACAUGAAAAACAAAGCCAAUCUUGUGUAGUGGCGGAUAAGAAAUAUAAUUGGAUAGAAGAAAGCCGAAGGAAAGGAACAGAUGUCGUUUCCUUUACUUUCACUGCUCCUAUUACCCGGUCUCAGCAUGGUUUGGAAACUCCUAGACAAUUUGCAGAAAAAGGCAAUAAGGUUUUCUCUGAUGAUGGAAGCAAAAUGUUGUCUAACUCGGAUUUGAAAAGUUUAUCUUCUCCGGGAUUUAGUGAAAUAACAGGUGAUGCUUUGAGUAAAUUGCUGGAGCAACUAACCUCUAACUUAUCGAAUUCCCAUUCAAGCCUUGUCGAAUCGGGUAUUUCUAAAGAACCAGCUCAGGAAACUGUUGUGCCUGGUAGUGUUGAGAGCAUCACAGGAAAGACUGAUGAAAAAUCGUCUCAACAAGACCCAGUAGGGACUGAUGUAAAUACCGAUAUAUACUCAGGAUUAAUAGCCAAUCAAGCUGAACAAUUCAAAAGGAAAUUCACAUUUCAGGCGGGUGAAGCAAUGGAAGAAGAAUACGACUGCGACAAGGCUGAAGCUAUAAAAUGGAAUGAUUGUCAUUUUCCAAGUCCAAUUUCCACUCUAGAACCUUCCGUCUUGACAGAAAGUUGCUUCUCUACAGAAAGUAUGCUAAGUAGCAUCACUGAAGAGAGCAAACAAUGUUCAUCAGUUCUGGCUCAAGAAGAGAUCGAGUUGAGUUCUUCACAGAAGUUACACACUGCGGAAACUGAUACUGACGCAUUAGAUUCAGCUUCAUCUGUAUCAUCUCAAAUUACUGUCGAAAGACAAUCCACGAAAUCGACUGCGUGGGAAUUAGGAUAUGUGAAAGAUAUACUCUGCAAUGUGGAGUUGAUGUUUAAAGAUUACGUGGGUGGUCGAACACGAGAGAUAGUAAACCCCCACCUAUUUGAUCAGAUGGAAAGACGCAUAGGUGGGAAAAAAGAUGAGUCUAAACUCGAAAGGAAAAUGUUGUUUGAUUGUGUUGGAGAGUGUUUAGAUUUGAAAUGCCAGCGAUUCGUAGGAGGAGGGUUUGAAAUGUGGAUGAAAGGCAUUGCAACCUUGAAGAGAAAGGAUAGAUUGGCAGAGGAAGUUUAUAAGGAGAUCCAGGUAUGGAGAAACUUGGGAAAUAGUAUGGUGGAUGAGCUAGUAGAUAAGGAUAUGAGCAGUAAAUAUGGGAGAUGGCUAGACUUUGAAGUGGAUGAAUUUGCACUCGGAGUAGAUAUUCAAGAGCAGAUUUUAAAUUCUUUGAUUGGGGAAAUUGUUUCUGAUGUCUUGUCUUGUAAACAAUAAUUAUGAUUUUGUCCUGUAAAAUGUAAUUCACAUUUGUAUCUUUUCCUAUAAGUUCAUUGAUUAAUGAUGUUUUGCAAACAGAAUCGAAUCUUGUCUCAUUUAGAGCAUGUAUUAAUUUUUUUAUGGGGAACUUAGAUUCGGUUCUUCCUGCCCCUUCCCCAAUCCAACUUGACCGCUCGAUGAUCUGGUGGCUAGGGUCCACAUUUGUAUCUUUUCCUAUAAGCAAGUUCAUUGAUUAAUGAUGUUUUGCAAACAGAAUCAGAUCUUGUCUCAUUUAGAGCAUG